UUUCCCUAUACACUUUCGACAAGGCCAAGCAGUGCAUUGGCACCAUGACCAUCGAGAUUGACUUUCUGCAGAAGAAGAACGUUGACUCCAACCCCUAUGACACAGACAAGAUGGCUGCAGAGUUCAUCCAGCAGUUCAACAACCAGGCCUUCUCCGUGGGCCAGCAGCUAGUGUUCAGCUUUAACGACAGGCUGUUUGGGCUGCUGGUGAAGGAUGUGGAGGCCAUGGACCCCAGCAUUCUCAAAGGGGAGACUGGGACCAGCAAAAAGCAGAAGAUUGAGGUUGGUUUGGUUCUCGGGAACAGUCAAGUUGCCUUUGAGAAGGCUGAGAACUCCUCUCUCAAUCUGAUUGGUAAGUCAAAGACCAGGGAGAGCCGACAGUCCAUCAUCAACCCCGACUGGAACUUUGAGAAGAUGGGCAUUGGGGGCCUGGACAAGGAGUUCUCGGACAUCUUCCGAAGAGCCUUUGCUUCGCGUGUUUUCCCUCCUGAAAUUGUGGAGCAAAUGGGCUGCAAGCACGUGAAGGGCAUCCUGCUGUAUGGGCCUCCAGGCUGUGGGAAGACCCUGAUGGCCAGGCAGAUUGGGAAGAUGCUGAAUGCCAGAGAGCCAAAGGUGGUCAAUGGCCCCGAGAUCCUCAACAAGUACGUGGGGGAGUCGGAGGCAAACAUCCGCAAGCUGUUCGCCGACGCCGAGGAGGAGCAGAGGAGGCUGGGAGCCAACAGUGGAGUGCACAUCAUCAUCUUCGACGAAAUCGAUGCCAUCUGCAAGCAGAGAGGCAGCAUGGCAGGCAGCACUGGGGUCCAUGACACAGUUGUGAACCAGCUGCUCUCUAAAAUUGAUGGAGUGGAGCAGCUCAACAACAUCCUGGUGAUAGGAAUGACCAACAGACCUGACCUGAUCGAUGAGGCUCUGCUGAGGCCAGGGAGGCUGGAGGUGAAGAUGGAGAUUGGUUUGCCAGAUGAGAAGGGUCGGUUCCAGAUUCUCCACAUCCACACAGUGAGGAUGAGGGAGCACCAGCUGCUGGCUGAGGACGUGGACAUUGCAGAACUGGCAGUUGAGACCAAGAACUUCAGUGGUGCUGAGCUGGAAGGGUUAGUUCGAGCUGCUCAGUCCACUGCCAUGAACAGGCACAUUAAGGCCAGCAACAAAGUGGAAGUGGAUAUGGAGAAGGCAGAGAGCCUCCGUGUGACCCGAGGAGACUUCUUUGCAUCCCUGGAGAAUGAUAUCAAACCAGCAUUUGGAACCAACCAGGAGGACUAUGCCAGCUACAUCAUGAAUGGGAUCAUUAAGUGGGGGGACCCUGUGACGAGGGUGUUGGAUGAUGGGGAGCUGCUGGUCCAGCAGACCAAGAACAGUGACCGCACGCCGCUGGUCAGUGUGCUCCUGGAAGGACCCCCCCACAGUGGGAAGACUGCUUUAGCAGCAAAGAUAGCAGAGGAAUCCAACUUCCCCUUCAUCAAGAUCUGCUCUCCUGAUAAGAUGAUUGGGUUUUCCGAGACAGCCAAGUGCCAGGCCAUGAAGAAGAUCUUUGAUGAUGCCUACAAGUCCCAGCUGAGCUGUGUGGUGGUGGAUGACAUUGAGCGACUCCUGGACUACGUCCCGAUUGGGCCGCGGUUCUCCAACCUGGUCCUGCAAGCCCUCCUGGUGCUGCUGAAGAAGGCUCCCCCUCAGGGCCGGAAGCUCCUGAUCAUUGGCACCACCAGCCGCAAGGACGUGCUGCAGGAGAUGGAGAUGCUGAAUGCCUUCAGCACCACCAUCCACGUGCCCAACAUUGCCACAGGGGAGCAGCUCAUGGAAGCUUUGGAGCUCCUGGGAAGCUUCAAAGACAAGGAGCGCAGCACUAUUGCCCAGAAUGUCAAGGGCAAACCUGUCUGGAUCGGGAUCAAGAAGCUGCUGAUGCUGAUAGAAAUGUCACUACAG